ACAAUUGCAAUGUCAACACCCGUACAUUCAAUUCAAGAAGUGGAUGCUUUAGGAACGAAACGUCGAUAUCAUAAUAAGCAAAGUUUGUGCUAUAUAAUAAGGUCCGGUGUUGCGGGUGGUGUUGCUGGUUGUGUAGCCAAAACAGUAAUUGCACCACUGGAUAGGGUAAAGAUAUUGUUUCAAGCUAGUAAUCCACACUUUCAAAAAUAUGCAGGAACAUGGUCGGGCGCAUUUCAAGCAAGUAAAGAAAUUUAUACAAUUAAUGGGGUUAGGGGUUUAUUCCAAGGUAAUUCUGCUACUUUAUUGAGGAUUCUCCCUUAUGCUGCAAUUAAAUUUGUCGCAUUUGAACAAAUUCGUCAUGUAUUAAUGCCAAAUGAAGAUACAGCGUUUAGACAUUUAAUAUCUGGAUCUUUGGCUGGUAUCACUUCUGUAUUGUGUACUUAUCCUUUGGAGCUUAUACGUGUAAGGCUUGCUUUUGAAGUACGAAAUGAUUCACGUGUAAGAUAUGUUACUUUAUUUAAACAGAUUUAUCAUGAAAGUGCAGCUUCUCAUAGAAAAUUGAUUCAUUUUCCAAUUAUGAAUUUUUAUCGAGGAUUAAAUCCUACAAUAAUUGGAAUGAUUCCAUAUGCUGGAGUAUCAUUUUUUACUCAUUAUUUGUUGACUGAAUUUUGCAGAACAGAACUAGCAGAUUCAACUACUAAACCUUCUUUAGCUGCAGGAAAGUUAGAUAGCCGAGGUCAAAAUAUAAAAUCUCCAUUAAAAACAUGGGCUGAACUAACAGUGGGUGGAUUAUCAGGUGCAAUAGCACAAACUGUAUCUUAUCCUUUGGAAGUAAUUCGACGUAGGAUGCAAGUUUAUGGUGCAGUGGAUCCAACAACUUAUGUUGGAUUGUUGCAAACAAUUAGAACAAUUUGGGUAACAAAUGGAUUUAAAGGAUUCUUUGUGGGAUUGAGUAUUGGUUAUUUAAAAGUUACUCCUAUGGUAGCGGUAUCUUUUACUGUUUAUCAUAGAAUGAAAUUAUUAUUGAACAUAGAUUGAUUUAUGUAUAAUUAAAAUUAUGAUUUAGAGUUGUGCACGGAACCUUGCAUAUCUCAUCUAUUCAUCGUAUUCUAGGAGUAAAUUAAAAGAUACUGUAGAUUCCGAAAGCUCCUAAAUUUUUUGUUAUAAAUGUCCAAUCAUAAAUUUAGCAAUUAAUAAAAAAAAUAUCGGUAUUGAAAUUUAUUAUAAAUAUCAUAGAUAUUAUUAUUAAUUGAUCUAAUUCUCACGACAGAUCUAAUUAUUGUAAAACUAAAUUGACCAAUUGACCAUCAAUUUUUAAUUAAUGAAUACACACAAAAUACGCCAAAAAAAAUAAAAACUCAAUUAUAAUUAAACUUUUUCACAAGAUAAAAAUUAAUAUCUUUUGUUACAACGAGAAAUCAUGAAAAUGAUUUUUUUUUUUUU